AGACUUUGGUUCAUCUAUUAUUUCUUUCACUAUAGGCACUAUCACCAAAAUGGAGUGCGAGUAGAACUGCAGGUGAAUCAUUUCAUUAAAGCUCUGCCAUAAAGGCACUAGUGAAGGUCAGUGUUCCUUAACUGUCACUUCCCGAGUCUUUGAUCGGGUGCCAUCGCCCCACUCUUUCGAUUAUCCCUUUUUCAACUCCACUCUUGACUUUGAAGUGUUUUUGUGGGAUUACGUUUUAAGGCCUCGGACACCCUCUUCAAGCAGCUAUUCCCCAGUAAUAUACUCAAGCCAAAACUUUAAGCAAAAUAGCCGCCCGGCAGGAUGCGGUGAAGGAGGAGGAUAAGGCCGGAGAAAAAGGAAUAGAGGGAACUGAAGGGCAGAUGGGUUCUCUGCGCCGAAAACACCAACGGCCAAAUGAAUAAAACAUUGGAAUAGAGAGGGUGUCGUGACAUCUGGCCGAGGAGUGAGAUAUACACAUUCUCCCUUUUCUUUUCCCUAUUCUGUCCACUCCUUUCCCUAGCCUCAUCAUUCCUUGUCAUCUAUCCAUCUUUCACUUACCCUCUGUGGACACCGAGGCGGUCCAUCAAACAGACAGCAACAAGCUUGUUUUGUCGUUUAGCGGGUCCCCAUCCUUCACCUUCUCCUCCCCCCCCUGGUGCGGCGUGUGAUGGUGUGUCCCCUCCUCUCUGUCCUGGAGACAUGCCUGUGCAGGAGAUGGCGGUGAGUCCUGUCAAGUCGCUGUACUGGGAGCAGUUCCCCCCCAUGACGCAGCGUCGCGUCUACUGCACUCCUGUCUACCACGAAGGCCUGCUCUAUGUGCUGGGGGGCUGCAGCGAGACCGGCGCCCCCCUGGACAGCGUCGAAGUCCUGGAUGUAGAAAGUCAGACCUGGAGCCAGCUGCCCCCGCUGCCUACUGCGAGGGCGGGGGCAUCGGCUGUGACGCUGGGGGGCCAGGUGAUGGUACUUGGGGGCAUGAACCAGCAGCAGACGCCCCUGCCGUCCGUGGAGAUGUACCACCCCGACGAGGGCAAGUGGGAGACGAAGGCCAGCCUGGGUCAGCCAUCCAUGGGAGUCACCACCGUGGAGAAAGAUGGAAAGGUGUAUGCCUUGGGAGGAAUGGGAGCCGACACAACGGCACAGGCUGUGGUGAGGGUUUAUGAGGCGGAGAAGGACCAAUGGCAGCCUAUGACUUCCAUGCCCACGCCGCGGUACGGAGCCACACCCUUCGUAAGAGGAAACAAAAUCUACAUGAUGGGUGGCCGUCAGGGGAAGAUGCCGGUGACAGCGCUGGAGGCUUUUGACCUGGAGAUGAAGACUUGGACACGUUACCCCUGCAUCCCCAGCCGGAGGGCCUUUUCCUGCUGCGCCACCAAUGAGCGCAGUUUCUUCAGCCUGGGGGGCCUCCAGCAACCGGGGCCACACAACUUCUACUCUAGACCUCACUUUGUCAGUACCAUGGAGGAGUAUGAUCUGGAUCAAGGUAUCUGGAUCAAACCCAGCCGAACAUCUAGGAUGAGGGAGAAGAGGGCUGACUUUGUGACAGGAUGCCUGGGAGGAAGGGUAAUUGCAGCUGGUGGUCUAGGCAAUGAGCCGUCGCCGCUGGGCACAGUGGAGAGCUACAACCCUGUGAAGCGGCGCUGGGAGUAUGUGGCGCCAAUGCCAACUGCACGCUGCUCCUCCGCCCUCCUGCAGACACCCAGCAUGAUGUUUGUCAUUGGCGGAGUCUCCCAGGGACCCAGUAAUGCAGUAGAAGCCCUCUGCUUACCGGAAACAGUGUGACACUAGCUCUUAUGCUAAAACACGCAGGAAAACAGCAUAUUUUAUUCAUGUGCGGAAACACAUGAAUUGGAUCCAAACAUCGGACUAAGAUACAUUUCUACCCUUAUGUCCAACUGAUGGAUUCUUCUCAGACUGGGAGGCAACUUUUUGACAUUCAACAAUCAUUUUGAGACAGAUUGUGCUGGAUGAUGAAUCCAUGAUGAAGGACGUUCGAGCCGGCUGCUAUAACUGGCAGGGACAGAAAACUGACAGCUUUUCUACAUUGGCUAAAACCAGAGGAAGAAAAAAAAAAAACUAGCAAAAAAACGACACACACAUAUGGUGUCUGAAGAAACAACACGCCUUUGAACUGUUAAACAUUUUUCAGAAUUAAAGCAGGGUACUUUUCUGGAUAUUCAAGGAAGAUAGGGCCAUAUCUGUAUGUAUUUUCUCCCCUGCUGCUACGACAGCCAGAUCGGACACUUUUCUAUGACAUCAGACACAACAGUUGCAUUUUAGAAGGUGAUGUUCUGCAAAAGUAAAUGUAUUUUCUUUUCGUUGGAGUGUUUUAUAUGUGUGGAAGUUGGCAACAGCAUUAUAACAGUGGCCCCUAGAUGCGUUCAGAUGGCCGCUUUCGAGAACCAGUGAUGCGUUGGCAGUCUUUGCAUUUCUUUUAUUUUCAAGUUUGCAGAAAAGCUGACUGUGGUUGAGCUUUUCAGUAUCUGGCUUUGCUCCCCAUCUGUCCGCCUCUGCUCCAACAUUAGCACCAGAGCAAUCAAUCCCGAUCCAUCACCAAGGCUCAAACAGUCCUUCACACUGCAGCACAAGGAUGCAGAUGCACGUGAAGGGAAUGCAGAGUUAUACCUAAUGCACUGAAGCAUCCAGACAUGUUAUAUUCCCCUAAGUAAUAUGAUGGAUAGUGGUACAAUAGAAUAUUUUCCUCAACUUGAUAUCAGCCACAAAAUGAGGAUGAAGAGCUGAUGAUACCCUGGCAACAUGUUCAAGCAAUAUUGUCCCUCAAGGUUUUAACAAGCAGAAUCAUUUUUUUUUAAAGGUAAAAAGUCUCACAGUAGAGAUUCUGUAAUUUUGUGUUAGGGUUCCCGGGAAACUGUUUUGGUCAGACCCUACUGUUCUGUUUGCCAUCAUGAUCAUAGUUGCCACAUAUAUUUAUACCACCAGUGUUGAUAGUUUCUUGAGGAUAGUCAACACAUUUAGGGUAAAAAUAUUUCUGAAAGGUUAGAAGUUGUCUUAGGAAGUGACCUUUGAUUAAGAAAGACGUUUUAACAUACCAAAAGAAACUCCUUCUCAGUCACAUGCAUUUACAAAUAUCUUUCUUUGUGAAGAGAUACUUAUCACAAUAUGAUCUGCUGCAGCAGUAUAGUGCCAUCUAUCGAAUAAUCUAAUCAGAUUUUUGAAAUGAGCCAUAUUUCUGGACUAAUCCGUUCUCAGGACACGGUUUCGACAUUGAUGUUAUGGAAAUGUAGGAAAAUGUAUUAUAUCGUGAUAAACAUCCUGUUAGGGUUAUGGUAGGUUCCGGACGCAACGUGAGUUUCCCCGCGGCGGUCAGUGUGUUUACUCGCGUGAUAAAAAAAAAAAGGUGCUGUUGAAUGGGCGGGGCUUAUCUCCAUGUGGAUACUAUGGUAGAUACGAACUACAACAAAAUGGACAUAUUUGACUGUGAUUUAAUUGUUAUACACUUUUUUAAAUUAUGCUGAAAUAACAACAUAGUUAUAGACAAGACGGCAGGCCAAACACUUUUAAAAUAUGUGUUUUCUGAAUGGAGAUUUGAGCUAAGCUAACAUGUAGCUGCUCUGUCCACACUGGCAACAACUUCAUACAGACAGAAAUAAAGCAGCAACUGUAUUUGCCAUCCCAUAGACAGUCUUUGGUUUGUUCAUUUAUAACUUUCCUCCAGUUUCUGAACAGAUAUGAGGAACUGUGAGCCCUGUGUGCCAACGGCUAGCGGCUGCUGUAUUGGUUUUUUGAUUCAACGUCAGAAACGGCAGGCUGAGAUCCUCAGCGCUGAUUGGCUUUCACGAGAACGUGUCACACCAAUUUGCUGCUUGAGUUGAACAAAUUGAAUUCUCUGGAAGAAGCGAGUUGCAUCAAUUGCGUAAUUCCCGCCGCCAGAGCGAACUCGCGUCUUUACAUUGACUUUACAUGUAAUCACGAUGCGCCCAAAAAUUGCAUCGCGUCCAGUGUGAAUGCACCAUUAGGGUUAUUCAAGAUGCAUGUCAGUUUUCCUUUUUCUGGCAUUUCAACAAUAUGCUUCUUUAACCUACAUAUAAAUGGCAGACUAUUAUCCUGUCGGACUGCUUAGAGAAGUCUCUAUGGUUGUGUUCACAUGUUAAGCCAACACUCUGGGUUGACAUUGGAAUCCACUGUAACUGCUGUGAAUUCAAGUUGACUAGAGCUGCUACAAACCUUGCAGAGCCUCAUUCCAACAGUGAGUGAGCAAGUGAUACUUAAGACAGACUUUGUGAGGAAUUUUGUUUGUUUGGGCUGAGGCGAGGAUCUGUGUACAAGAGUUAGAGAUGAAAUAUGAUGGCGGGAGCUGCAGUGCAGUAUUCUCUGUGAUAGAUUUAGUGACUUGUGGACAGCAGAUGCGGUGGAGCGGGAAACAAAAGAAUAACCCAGUGCAGUGUGUGACCGUGUGGCAAGCAGCCUCUGUUUGUCUUCAUUAUGCUGCCAUACAAGUAGAAUGUUGCAUUAUCGCUUGGAGAGACACCCGUCAGUUCCUCCAUUCAGAAUGUUAGGGUUAGGGUUUAGUCCAAAAGUCAUGGGCUUCAGCACACUAUAAUGUAAACUUGAAAUACCUGUAUGUAAAGGUUCCAUUUCAACCAAAGUUGUUAAAGCAGUUGGUUUUAUAUUUGUAUCAUUAGGGAACGGUUUUACCAGCUCUGUUGCCCUCUUCCUCGCUAUUGCUGACUGGAGAAGACCGAAAAUUAUUUUUGCAUGUUUAUAAUAAUUUGCCAAUUUAUUUGAUGACGUGGUGAUUAAAGGUAGGGUGUGCUUCAAGAUGUAUGAUAGUUACAUGUGUAAUUAGAAAGACAAAACAGAACAAAGACCACAUUGGAUAGAAAUAGGGUAUGACAAUAGUGUAUUUGACCACUCAUACACUUAGCUCCGACACAGUUCAUUCCUGCAGCAAAAUGUCAGGGUCCAUCAUUUAAAGACGGCAUUCAUUUGAUUUAUCCAAACCAUUUUAAAUGACUGAAUGAAUGUCGCAGAUGCAUGAGAUUUUAUGGAGCCCCAGAAGGGACACAAACAAAGAAAACACAUCAUUUCUCACACACACAAAAUUUUUCCUUUUUUCCUUGCUUCAAAUAUGUUUCUGGUGAGCACCCUGGCAGAACUUGUUACGGGAGUCAGACAUGUAAUACUGUGGAGAGCGCUGAAGCUGCCGGAGCUCAGAUGAGAUGCCAGUUGACAGUUGGUUAUUUCUGGUGCGGCAUUGUGUGUAUUCAGUGUGUGAGGUAGAAUCCACUCGCAUAUGCCAGGCACAUACCUACAAGCCAGAGUGCAAGACUGCUGUCACCUUUUCCCACUGUUCCUUUUGGCAAAACCCAUAAAAGCUUGGAGAACACAGACAUAAUUGUGUUUGGAAACAGCUCUGCUGGUUGGAAACUGCUGCCCCCAUCCAACCAUGAGCCCACUUGAAUUAAAUGCAGCUUGUUAGAGUAUGUGAGAGGGUAUGUUUAGUUUUUGUCCUAAAACGUUGGAUAUGUCUCAUACUAUUGAUUUGCAUUUAAAUUGCUCAUGAAGAGGGCGCUUCGAAAGAGGUAUACAAAGAGUAGGAAUUGAAUUAUUUUCCAGGUUUUUUUUGGUUGCUGCCUUAUGGAGCCAGAGAGGAAUUUAUUGUGGGUUUGAAUAUUAAAAGGAGAGAGAGAAUUGUUAACAAGGCUGAGUUGAAACAACAAGGUUGUUAGUGAACCAUUCCUUUUUCAGACUUAAAACAGAGCCAGACCACUUUCGUUUGGAGUUGUGUUUGUGGCCCCCCUUAAGAAUGUAAGGCUACUAUCUCCUUCAACUCUCUAGUUCCACUAAAUCCAGAAGGAAAUAUCUUGCUUUUUAGCUGCUAAAUGCUAACUGUGUCUUUCUAUGACUGUAAACAUGAUGAGAGGGAGUGAAUGGUGUAAGACUCCAAUGUGCUCUGUAGAGCUGAGGACUGCAGAGUUAGGUGAAAAACGUUGGUUUUAUGAUCUAUCUUUAAAAGCAUCAAAACCACGUUAGCUGAUUUUGUUUUUGCCCGUUACUCUAAGCUGAAAUCACAACAUCUGACAUAUAAUCAUGUGUGCAACUGUUCUGUGUCUACAUUGAUAUGAGUGCAUUUGUGUGAUUGUGACCAUAUGUGAGGGCUUGAGAGCAUGGUUUUUAUGCGUGUGUGUGGGUGCAUAUUCUUGUCACCCAGCCACACUCACCAUCUAUUAUUGUGCACGCUGUCUGGAGGAUGUAAAAUGUCUCCUUUGCAGUCCUUCUGUUUCUCUGGCUCUUCUAAACAGUGUACAUGCCACACUGCAGUCCCUGAGGAAUUCUGGAACAGCGCCAGGGUUAGCUCUCUCUGUUGGUGUUUUUACUUUUCUCUUUCACUCCCUCCUUGACCCUGUUGGAUUGUUUUCCAGAGAAGAUCCUUCAUACAUUGUGAAGUUCUCUUUCAAUAGAGAAGAUGUCUCAUGAAUCAGAUUGUCUGGGUCCUAAUCUGACGUAGGCUGUUUUACUUAUUUGGAGGGAAAGCCCACAGAUUCUGACAGAAGUUUGCAGAACAUAGAGAGGAUGCUUCAGUACAGGUAUCAGCUAAUUGCAUGCUGUACCUUGAGCUAUGAGCAAAUAAUGCACAAGCAUAUGUUAAUGUGCUCUUACAGGUGUUCCAUUUUAAAUCAUUUGUGCCGUUUCCCACAAAUCGGGACGAUGUCCCGCUUUUGAGCGACAAUUGCCUCUCUAAUACUCUAAUACUACUUCUAAAGCUUUUAUCCAAUGGCUGUGUACAAAGCAAUGAGGGACUUUCAUCAUUAGCUGUGUCAGAUGUCAAUCAAGCAACAUAGUCUGGCAAAAUAUUAACUCAUAUAUAGCCGGUGGAGGGCGAUUCCCAGAGAGUUUUUUGUGACAUUUGCCAGAGAUUAGUUUUAAUAAUCGUGCACUGAGGUCAAUACGAUUUGAAGCGACACCCACAAAAAAUGCCAGACUCAUAAACAGAAAACAAAUGAUGAUAAUGAACGUUUACCACCCUGUGCAGCAAUUGUAUCCUAAAGGUCAGCAGACUGUGGGAGUAAGCUAGCUCCUGUAGUUUUUUAGUCUCCUGUGGACCGUUGUUUGUUGGAAUAAUGACUUGCAUAGUUUGUGCAAACAAAUCAAUGCAUAGUAAACGCUUGUUAUUAAUAUUUAUAGGCUCAUAGUUUCAAUAGAAAUUUUCAUUUUUGAGGAUUUAAUGGACAUUUUAUUCAAAUCCAAGCUAUCUCUUAGCAUCGCAGGAACAUGUCCCACAUCAGCAUACUCUUUGUCCCACAUAAGACUUUGUUGGCAACUGGUUACCUUACUUACUUUACACGACUAGAGCACUAAUAUGGUUUUGAUAGCACAGUUUUGAAGGGGAUUUUUCAUACUGAAAAAUCUGCAGAAACUUAGGCACAGGGCAAGUGCCCUAAAGUUGUUUUGCAGGUUUUUAAUACCCCACAGUAUCUGGCAGUCAACCAAUCACAACACUAAUUUUCAGGCACGUUUUUUAUCAUCUGGAACUUACAGACGUGGCUUGCAUUGCUUUGAAUAGAUGCCUUGUGUAUCAUUUACUUUUCAAAUAUUUCUAGACAGAGUAGGCCUACAUACACUUGUUUCCAAGAUACAUUCAGGGCCCGAUUUUAGUGUAGGCACACAUUGCGUGGCAUGCGCCGAGCCUUAAUUCCAAAAAAUAAAAAGGCCCAAAGACUCAGGUUCUGAAACAAAAGCGAAGGUGCAUUCCAUACAGUGCAGAGAUGGGGGCGAAAGAUGCUGAAUUCACACUGUUUUCAGUUUUAUGAAUCCAACGCAGAACUGUAUCAUAUUCGACAAUGAAAAGCCUCUACAGUUCAUUUAUUUAUUUGUUUCUAUGGGCCAAUUUAACACAGUUUCCUGGGCAACAGGGAACAGUGUCAAAACCCGCAGGUAGCAUAAUUGUGUUCCUCCCCAUUAGCAUAUGUGUUCUUGUUUUUGUUUCAAUUUUUUUUGGGCCUGUAGAUGGAAAGAAACAUCCCCUUUGUUAUUAUUAUAAUUAACCAGGAUUAAAUAUGAUUGUGUUUUUUGUGUCAAUUGUUCAUGUUGGAUCAUUCUUUUUGCUCUUGUGUUGUGGAUUAGGGUUGUGAGGUGACAAAAAAUGUUGUGGUGUUGUCCACAUUUUAACUGGGUUCCCCAAAGUGUUUGUCACUAGUUAUAUUCAGUUUUGUUUCAGGAAUGAGUCAGCAUUUAAGCACUCUAUGUAUUCGAGAAUUACAUAAAUAAAACAUUUUUAAAAACUUGUUACACAUCGCUCAGAUGACAUGCAUAGGACACAGUUUGUAUAAUGCUGGAGAUUAUGUAAUACAGCUAUCUCAUUGUUCUAAAGUAGAAAUGUACAGUGGCCAACAGGUGUAAGCGCAUUACAACGGCCUAGAACAUUUUAAUUCGGAGAAACGUGCAAAUAUAAAAAUAAAAAUGUGCCAAAACACAUGCAAAUGAAGAAACAUCUUCACCAACUUGAUGACAAAUGUGGAGUAACAGUUGGCUUAUCAUCCCCUAUGUCAACAAGCGUUUUAUAUGAGCAGCGUUCUGUUUAUGCAUCAAUUUUUGUAAAUGCUGCAAAUAUUUUGCCAAAUCGGAAAAAAUGUUUCUUCAUUUGCAUGUGUUUUGAUAAUUUGCAUCGUUUCUGAAGCUGCAUACAAUUUCCUCAUGGAAAUAUUGUAAAGCAAUUGCAUCUCAUUUGUCGGCCACUGUACAAUGCCUAAGAAAGAUGAUACUUUCACAACCAAAUGGUCAUCAGCGAAAUUGAAAAUACAACACAUUUUAAUACAGAUUUGUGAUAUUUUGUAUUCUGUAUUAUUCUCUAUUCUAAUUUUGUCAUUUAAUCAAAAUUGUUCAGACAUUCACUAUUGCAAAACCGUGUUCAAAUCGAGGACCAUCGACUAUAAAUGCUGGCUUUCAUUUUAACUCUCAAGUGAAACUAGUGUGUACAGACAUUUUGGGAAACAAACCCAGAAUCCCUCUCCUGUUCUGAUCCUUUUCCCUGUACUGUGAUUGACAUGGUAGAACAAUGGUGGUAAAAAAGCUUUGUGGUCUCAGUGGAUCAGUAAUGCCAUGUGCUCUGUUUUUGCAAAAUGUGAUUUGGAAGGUUUAGUAAUUAAAUGUACUGAAGGUGAUAAGAAAGAAGGUUGGACUCAAUACGCUCAGAUGGAGUGUGUGGGGAGGUGUAAGGCAGUUUGUGGAAAUAGUUAUAUAUAUUCUUGUUUUAGCUAUAGUGCGUUACUUUGGUUCUGGAAACACAUGCUUUCAGUCUAACAGACUCACCCACACAGUAGCUUCUGCCAUUUCCAACUACGCAGUGAAAGCAAAUCAAGCUCAUCCAGCACUGAGUUUCCCCUAAGUGACAAUAACCCAAUAUGACCCCAGUUUCACACUGCUGAAAAUAUGAAUAUAAAAAAAGAUAUAUAGCAAUAGUAUAUAACAAUAGCAACAGUUACACAUACGUUUUACAUACUGGUAUAUUUUGAAUGGCAAUUGAUUAGCUUCAGUUGUUUUAAAUAUUGGUAAAACUAACAUGUAAAGGGAGAAUCCCCCAAAGAUAGGUGAUGGUGUCAUCAUGUUGCUUUGAAAUAUAAUUUGCAUUUUAAAAUUUGUAAAGAUUAGGAUAUUCAACUUUAUGGAGCUGCAAUACUAAAUUGUCGACACGUGCAUUACAAUAAAACAAACAUUCUGUACAGAAACAAAAAUGUGUACACAUUACCACUACCUCUGAAACAUGAUGUGAAAGGACCAUUUUUAAUUUGGAUGUCCAUUUACCACAGUUAAAGACAUUAUUGUUAGACAAAUUAGAUAUGAAUAAUUGUUAACCUUUAACAGGAAUACUUUUUCUUUCUUCCUGAGAGUAAUAUGACAAGGUUUAUUCCACACUCUUGAAGCCCAUUAGGCAGCUAGUGCCUGAAGGCCUAGCUUAGCUUAGCAUAGAGACUGAAAGCAGAGGAAACUUUGUAGACCGCAAUGUUAGUUAAAAUCUUGGUAAUGUGAAGUACUUAUUCCGCGCCACUAAGAAACACAAGAUGAUUUUACAGGAAGAGUGUUUCCUGCUAUUUCCACCCACACACAAAAAGAGAGUGAACCGAGAGGUAAUAUGCCGGCAUUACUUAAGUAAUUCUCAUUAUAAUAACAAAAGUAAUCCUAAUCAUUUUUGCCAUGGUUGUUGUUGUAAUUGAUUAAUGUGACAAAGUGCAGGAAAUGUAUUGAAAUGUAUUAGAAGUUCUGGGGAAAGACUGAAUCAGUUUUAGGAUGUGUGUGGAUGAUGUAAUGUUCACAUAGAAAGGCUGCCUACCCUUACCGAAGCCUGUCAGUCACAUUGUGAACCCAAAGAUAUCAGUUGGUGUUCAAUAUUUUUAGAAAAAGUUAACGUUGGUAGCCCAUUUGUGAUGAUAAUGAACUAGUAACAGAGCUAGGCCAACAAUUCCAACCAAACUCCUUCCAUAGCCUUAUUAGAAUUGACCGUAAAGAGGACAAAAGUCAGACAAUUACAAACAUUUCCUUUGGAGAGUGAUUUGCUGAUUAUUUUUCUCACCUGUCUGAACGUCAUUCUGUAGCUUUAGUGCACCGUGAAGUCCUCUGCAAUCUGUAUUUUAGGCUGAAUAAUGUUCCCAGCCUGACGGAAAAAGUAAAAAAGACCUACAACAAAAAAUGUUUUCAACGUAAGCAUUUUUGACAGCAAGCACCUGUUGGUCACGCAAUAUUUGGUUGGGUCAUAACUAUAACUAUCUAUAGCGUGAUGAAUUUAGAAAGUUCACUCCAAAAAUUCUAUUACUUUUUAUCGAUUUUGAUUGUUUUGGUGUAAGUUGUUACAUAGAGUGUUGGACAUAUCUACGGUUGAGAUGUCUGUCAUCUCUUUUUGUCCAAUCUAAUGGAACUAGAUUUUCAAAUGUAUUUUUAAGGUUGUUGAGCACCAGGCCAUGUGCCAUCUAUUUCUAUUAGCAGACAUCUGUACGAUUUAAGUAAAAUAAAAAAACUCGCAAUUGAAAGUUCUUUAAAAUAAAAAUACAAAAAACAACUUUGAUAGAAAAACAAGACCAAGUGUCAUUAGUUUCUGCCACAGCUGCUUCUCAACUACAUUAAUACUGCCCUUUUUCCCUCAAAAAAAGAGACUUAACCUUUUAGCAUCAUUUAUUCACAUUUUAUGCUUUGGUGCGCAUAGAUCCUGUGACCCACAGACAGAUCACUUAAUUUUCAUUUCUGUAAUACUUUAUAUUCUUGAUUUGGCCAUGAGUCAAUCAUCAUGAUGACAUUUUACGUGUUGCUGUAGCUAACAUCAAUGUGACUGGCAGGCCUUGGCUUUCAGACCGAGUCGUGGCUGUGACUCCAGUGCAGUAGUUCAGUGCCUAUACUAAAUGUGAGGUAGUGCCUCGACUGUAAAUCCUGUUCUACAAUAAACUAUUUUGACUUGCUGUCUGAUUCCAUA